AUGGCCGACCCACAACCUAUCGACGUCCGAAUUGAGGGCAAGCUCCGAGCUAGCCUUAAAGUUGAGCAUUUUGAAAUUGUGGACACAUCUGGCAACUGCGGCUCCUCAUUUGCCGUCGUUAUUGUCGCGCCAGACUUUGCGCGCAAGAUGACGCUGGCACGGCACAAGAUGGUCAACCAGAUUCUCGCAGAGGAGAUCGCCCAGUUGCACGCCUUUUCGCAGAAAACAUUUACGCCCGAACAGUGGGCCAAGGAGCAAACCAAGUAAUUACUGGCCUCAGUUAAUCAUGAGUUGGCGCGGCUACGCAACAUAGCCUUGCGCUCGGCUCCCUGCUUCAGCUCGCCCACGCUGAGCAGCCAUCAUGCCAUCAAGCACCCGCAUGACCGGUGGAUGUCGCCCCACCGUUGUAUCACUACGCGCCAGAUGCACUAGCAUUGUGUAUGCGGGAGAUGGGGCAGCGCUUUGCGUGGAACUCGGAGGUCACGCCCAGACGCUCUUGAAUCUCUCUCACGGAUCAGUGUCCCGCAUCCGUCGCCACCGCUAUCAGCCGGUUCUUGCCGUCGCAAAGAAUUCCCGGUGUGUUAUAAGAUAGUGGUGGGCGAUGCGUGCUUCCAGCGUCCUC